CACCCCCUCCACGCGCAAACCCCCGUGGCGCUGCCGGACUCCGCCUCCGCCUCGGUCCCGACCUCAGCCGGCGAGCGGUGGCCGCCGCUGGAGUCCAGCCCCGGAGUUCUCAACCAGGUAGUCCGCCUCUCCUCGUUCACAUAUCUCUGCAACCAUCAAUACGACGAUCUCGGUCUCGGUCUCGCCUCUCUGAACAGCUCGCGGUGGCGCGCGCGCGCAGUUCAUGUGGUCGCUGGGCGUGCUGGAGGACGAGGCGGAGUUCCACAACGUGUACGGGCUCGACACCGACGCGCUGGAGAUGGUGCCUCAGCCUGUGCUCGCCGUCAUUCUCUGCUUCCCCAGCCCACCGCCCCAGGAAACCACCGCGGUGAAGGACCGAGCAAGCUGACACGGGUUACAUGCGAGGGAGCCUGGCUAGCAUUUUAGCUCAAUUGCAUAGCACAAGUUAUGACGAUCUGAUCCGCGUAAAUCGCAACUCCGUGACAUGAUGAAACUUCAAAGUUCAAACGCUGCAACAUGAAGAGUUCCAAAAGACAACUUGGUCUUACCUCCGGUGAAAAAAAAGGUUUGUGAAGAACGACAAUUCGGCAAGAGGCACAAUCAGAAGUCACGUCCGAACCCAUCGAAACCUACCACUAUCAGAAAGAAUAUCAUGUAAAAGAUAUUCGCGUAAUUUUAAUUCACACUGUCCCUCUUCUGAUUUAAUAGGUAGCAUAAAUAUAAAAGAGAGAACAGAAGAGACGUGUGACACGAGAAAAAUAACGAGUCUUCCAAAAAAUAAUCAGGUCUUAUUCCCACUGCCAGUGUCCCUGCCUUACCAGAGGAACAGGGCGGCGGAAAAGAGACCCAGGCAACAAGAAGAGGGUGAAAAAAUGGAGGCGUCCGCGGCCGCCGCCGCGCGGACGCUGCGGUGGGCGGGCCGUGCGGGGCACCUGGGCGGCGUCCCGCGAGCCGCGGUGUUCGCCGCUGUGGGCGCCUGCGCCAAGGCGUACGCCUCGCUGCUCAACACCACCACGGUCCACAACGCCGACGGCCUCCUUCGCCUCGUCUCGGCGCGGCCCCCUGGCACGCCGCUUCUCACCGUCAGCAACCACGUGUCCACGGUAGAUGACCCACUUAUGUGGGGAUUCAAGGGUUUUCCGACUGCAGAUGCAAAGCUUGGAAGGUGGGUGCUGGCAGCAGAAGAUAUAUGCUUCAAGAAUGUAGUCAUGUCUUACAUAUUUCGACUUGGGAAAUGCAUACCAACCACAAGAGGGGCUGGGAUCUAUCAAGAACAUAUGAAUGAAGCCCUAGACGUGCUUAGCAAUGGUGGUUGGUUGCAUUCAUUCCCUGAAGGAAAAAUUGCACAAGAUCAUCAGCCAGUUAGAAGAUUGAAGUGGGGAACUGCCAGUCUUAUUGUCCGAGCACCUAUAACUCCAAUUGUUUUGCCAAUUGUUCACUCUGGUUUUGAAAAGGUCAUGCCGGAGAAAUCGUUCUUUGGACGGCGACCACCAGUGCCACUCUGGAACAAUGAGAUAGGUAUCAUUGUUGGAGAGCCAAUAGAAUUUGACAUGGCAAGCUUGAAGCAGGCGGCAUCAAUGGCACCCUGUGAUUCAUCCUCCGAAAGGAAGGGGUGGCCGACCAUCACACCAGAUGGGCUGGACGAAGCUGCGCAGAGAUGGCUUUACCAGAAGAUGUCGGAUAAGAUUCAAUAUGUGAUGGAGAGAUUGCGUAAAACGCUUCUGAACUUGAAACAACAUUGAUCUUUUUGUUCUUGAUCUACAGGCAAUGGCAGGGUUCUUUUGUUUUUGCGA